UGAUACUAUAUACCGUGCGUUCUUCAUUUCACGGAUUUCCGAUCAAGUAUCAUUUACCAACAUUUCAGAGAAGUUUCAACAGCAGUAGAAGACACGGAGACACACUUUGAGGAUCCACACUUUGUUCUGUAGUAUCACUAUCAUACUCAAUGUAGUUUGUUUGACAUCAAUCAAGAACACAAGAUUCUUGUCAAGAAGGUUUUGUAACAACGUGUGUUAUUUUUGGUGCCAUGACAAUGUUACAACAGAUCCCACUGAAGGAAUAAGUUCAUAUCUGAUUUUCAUGAGUAAGUCUUAAGAUGUUAAAAGGAGUCUCUCGCUUUCUCACCAUGAUGCAAUCAUCGGCUUCGGAUGUCUGUCCAGCAAAUUGUUCUGGACAUGGAGAUUGCAUAGAUGGACUUUGCAUCUGCCAGUUGGAAUACCAAGGCACAGAAUGUGGAGAUUUCAACAGCGCUUAUUUCAUUGCAUUUGGUCUCAUCUUCUACAUGCUGUCUGCUUGCUGUACAAUACAACUGAUUCUAUGUAUCCAGUCAGAUUUCCACCGUUUGAAGAAUCCAUCCGUCUACCGAGCCUUGAAGGUCACAACUCAAAAACUUCUGUAUUUUCUGGUUAUUAUCGCUGCACUGAGUCGAGCUUUGUAUUUCUCAUUAAAGAAAUAUUUACCGGAUACUUGGGCUGAUAACAUGCUUAGCAUGUAUUAUCCACUCCUGCUGUCCUGCCUGUCAUUAGUGGUGUGUUUUUGGGCUGAGGCAUUCCACGUCUCUGGUAAACAACACAACAAUCCGGGCUUCUUGAGUAAAAGUUACCUGUUUUUCCUACUCUUCAAUAUUCUUCUGUACAUGUUAUUGUUUGCCGAGUUUGUCACCAUGGAAACGUCCUCAUUGGAUUACAAUCUUCUUAGAAACAUCUUUAAUGGUUGCUACGCUGGACUUAUGACCAUAGAGGUGUUCUUCUUUCUUGUGUAUGGAGUCGAAGUAUUUUUCAAGAUUAAAGGAGCAUUUACAACUAUUGAGCGUUCUUCCAGUCAGUCUGCUAAUCCAGCCCACAGUCCAUCGAGUGGUAAUUCUAUUGAUCGUAUUGACAGUGAAUCUACUAGCUUAUCCAAUGAUCAAUCAUUGGAUAUAAGCGUCAUGCAUCAAUCACGCAUCGGGAUGCUGUUCCAAGGGCUCUUACAGAUUGCUAUGGUUUUAUUUUUGAUGUUUAACGUAACCGAACCACAGUGGAAAGAAAGCCUCUCAAUUUUCAAGAAGAACGUGCAUGAUGUGUUCUUCCGCAUCAUUGAAGUGGGUCUUGCUCUCUGGUUUCCAUGUGUCUUAUGGAGGUGCAGAAGUCCAGGAUCAUUAUGGAUGUUGAAUCCUACAAGAUUAUUCAGACAGACGAGAGAUGAAGAAAAAUCACAGGGUAUAAAGAAGGAGGAAGAUUGGUUGUUAUGUCGUAAACGUGCUCCGACCUACGACUCUACUUCAGAUAGAGCCAGAGUAGAGAAAGAGGUUGAGUGUUGGAUUUGUUAUGACCCCCAUCGAACUGAUUCAGGACCUAUGAUACAACCAUGUCAAUGUAAAGGGGAUGUAGCUUAUGUUCAUCAUGACUGUCUUAAGAGAUGGUUAAUGGAGUCUGCCGAUAAUCCAGAAGCUUUACAUUGCACAGUUUGCAAAUCACAGUACCAGUUGAAGACAGGUUCCAUGUGUUUCUUGAGAGGGUUUCAGUUGAAGCAUGGAUUGUUUACAGCAACAUCUAUUUGUCUAAUGGCUGCUAGUCCGGCAUUAGUGUAUCUAGUCAUCCAGAGAAACCCAUCUAAUGCAGCUAGUAUCAUCUCAAUUGGAGCUUGUAUUCUCCUGGAAAUGAUCUUCUUAAAGUAUCUUGGGAUCAGCUGUUGCAAUGCCUACAACAGAGCCAAAAUAUCAUCGUUUCGGAUCAUGGGUUCUUUGGUCAACAAUGGGCCUGUAACCAUGGCAACUGUAUCUAUGGACAGUAGCAUCCCUUCUCAACCUCUUCCAGUGACAUCUUCAGAGUCAGCAACCAUGACGAUGGAACCCAAGAUGGAACCAAGUGUCUCUGUUGUUUCUGUAUCAGUAAUAUCAACGGAAACAACAGACGGCAUAAUGAUUCAUUCUAAUACAAUAUAAUUGUUUGUACUUAGUAUACUAUUUAUUAGGGAAAGGGUUGGAUGGGAUUGAGUUUCGCGUUGAUCUUGGGUAUACAACUUUGUAGAACUUUUUGGUUUGUGUCACUUUACACAAAAAAAACACCAGGUUACUUGAUUUAAAGGCACUGGACACUAUUGGUAAUUACUCAAAGUAAUUGUUA